UAAAGAGCGUGAAAGCUUUAUUAUUAUUAUUCACAAGCAAAAAAAAAAAAAAGAGAGAAAGAGAAUCAGAAGAAACUCACCAACAAGGAACAGUGUGUGAAAAGGUUCGGUUUUUAGGGUUUUCGAUCUGAAAUAUCAACAAGAAAAAAGGCGUUUGUUAACGCUCUGAUUUAUGUCGGCUGGAUUUGAAUCGACUGUGAUUUUGUCUUUGAUUCAUAUCUCUUCUCCGAUUUCAUCAUCAUCGUCUUCUUUGAAAUCUGGUCUUCUCAACGCUCUUCACUUCUGCUUUAAUAAGCAGAGGCUUGUUCUUGAGACUCCUUCUCUUUCCAUGCGCUUAAGACCCAAAAGGACUUGUUCUAGUGUUGAAGUCUUUGGGGGUUUUCACAUAAAGCAGCAAAAAUUUUAUUUUUUCAUAGUUCGCUGAGAGUUUUGAGUUCUUGAUACAAAAAAGUUUUGACCUUUGAGAGUGAUUUUUGUUCUUUUUGUUUAUCUGGGUAUUUUGAGGAGUGGGUUUAUUUAACAACAAUGGUUGAGGUUAGAAAAGAACAGUCUUUGAGUGGUACUAGUAGCGAGAUUAAGAAGAGAGCUAAGAGAAACUCUGUAUCAUCGUCCCUUCCUCAAGAAACCCAACCUUUGAGAAAAGUCCGUAUUAUUGUGAAUGAUCCUUAUGCUACUGAUGAUUCCUCUAGUGAUGAGGAAGAGCUUAAGGUUUCUAAGGUUCGGAAAAUGAAACGUAUCGUUCGUGAGAUUAACUUUCCAUCUAUGGAAGUUUCUGAGCAGCCUUCUGAGAGUUCUUCUCAGGACAGUACUAAAACUGUUAGUAAGAAAGCUGUGUCUGCUUCUCCUGCUUGUCCUGGGUUGUUGACUAAGAAGCCUGUUGGUGUUAGGCAAAGGAAAUGGGGGAAAUGGGCUGCUGAGAUUAGACAUCCUAUUAAGAAAACUAGGACUUGGUUGGGUACUUUUGAUACUCUUGAAGAAGCUGCUAAAGCUUAUGAUGCUAAGAAGAUUGAGUUUGAUGCACUUGUUGCUUCUCUCUCUGUUUCUGGAAAUGUGUCGACUAAAACUGUUGUUUCUUCAUCUGAGACUAGUCAAUGCUCUCGUUCUUCACCUGUUGUUCCUGUUGAGCAAGAUGACACUUCAGCUUCAGCUCUCACUUGUGUCAACCCUGAUGAUGUCUCUGUUGCUCCGACUCCAAAUGCUCCUGCUGGUGGAAACAAGGAAGUGUUGUUCGAUUUCGACUUUACUGAUCUACAAAUCCCUGAUCUUGGUUUCUUUGCAGAGGAGCAACAUGACCUAGACUUCGAUUGUUUCCUCUCUGUUGAUCAGUUUGAUGAUUUUGGCUUGCUUGAUGACAUUCAAGGAUUCGAAGAUAACGGUCCAAGCGAGUUACCGGAUUUCGACUUUGCAGAUGUUGAAGAGCUCCAACUAGCUGACUCUAGUUUCGGUUUCCUUGAUCAACUUGCCCCUCUCAACAUCUCUUGCCCAUUAAAAAGUUUUGCAGCUUCAUAGGAUUUUCCUUAAUGUUAAAGUGAGAAGAGUGUUUUUUUACUUCGUUUAUGUUAUAGUGUAUUCAAGACAUACAAAACUGUGUGUUCCGGAGUAGUAAGAUCUUAAGACAUAAAGCCGGGUUUUGCAAUUAGGAGUUGAGUUUUUAUCAAGUUUUAGUUUAUAUUGAAUGAUGUUUUGCUGAGUCUGGUUUCUUUUAACUUUGGGUUUUUUUCUUUGUGCUUUAAGAGCCGUCCAAAGUGAAAGAGCUUGAUGAUGAAUCCAUCGUCAGUUGUAUUACAUCAUUCUCCACUUUCAUUUUUUGUUAAUGUUAAAACAAAAUAUUAAUGGAAGAAGUUGUUUAA